GAGGUUUUUGACAUUUUUUUUUUUGUCCCCAAAAAACUAAAAAAAAGUGAGCGCUUUAACGCAACGACAAAAAAAACCCAUUCCAUUCGAAUAACGCAUGGCACACAAAUGGAUUCUGUUUCUGCAUCGUCCAAGACCAAAGCUUUAGACCCUCCGCUUCACGCCUUAGGCUUCGAGAUCGAUGAAUUAUCUCCAACACGUGUAACAGGACGUCUUCCAGUUUCUCCAAUCUGCUGCCAGCCUUUCAAGGUGUUACAUGGUGGUGUAUCUGCUUUGAUCGCUGAGUCUUUAGCUAGUAUGGGAGCUCACAUGGCUUCAGGUUUCAAAAGGGUCGCUGGAAUUCAACUCUCGAUCAACCACUUGAAGAGUGCUGAUCUCGGAGACCUUGUAUUCGCCGAAGCAUCUCCUGUAAGCACAGGCAAAACCAUUCAGGUUUGGGAAGUCAAGCUUUGGAAAACAACAAAAGGAUCAGAGAAAGCUAACAAAAGCUUAAUAUCUUCCUCUAGAGUCACACUUCUUUGCAAUCUUCCUAUCCCUGAACACGCCAAAGAUGCAUCAGACCCGCUCAAACUGAUCUCCAAGUUGUAGAUUUCAAUGCUUUGUUCUCUCUCUCUCUCUAUCUAUGAUUGAGUUUACUUGUAUGUAACUAUGUAUCAUCUUCUAAAAAAAUUAACCUUUUGGGUGAUAAUAAGCUAAAA